ACCCGGCGCGCUCUUCUCCCGAUGCGCUGCGGCUGGGUCUGUUGGCCCGCGGCGGCUGGGGCGCGGGACCGGCUCUGCGCGCGAAUGAAUGGGCGUCCGGGGGACGCGCGCGCUCGGGGCUGAAGGGCAUUAGGACCGUGAGGAUCGCUCCGCGCUCCUGUCUCUCCCUAUCACCCCCCACCACCACCUCUCUCCUUUUUCUGCUCUGCAGGACUGAGCAGCCAGGCGGGAGCGAAAACAAACAGCUGGGGCUGCGAGCGCCCCCGCCCCGGCCCCAAGAGCUCGCCGGCCCCGGCCCGUACCCAGGGCGCCCGUCCGCCCACCAUGAGGAAGAUCCGCGCCAAUGCCAUCGCCAUCCUGACCGUAGCCUGGAUCCUGGGCACUUUCUACUACUUAUGGCAGGACAACCGAGCCCACGCAGCAUCCUCCGGCGGCCGGGGCGCGCAGAGGGCCGGCGGGAGGCCGGAGCAGCUCCGUGAGGACCGCACCAUCCCGCUCAUUGUGACAGGAACACCCUCGAAAGGGUUUGACGAGAAGGCGUACCUGUCCGCCAAGCAGCUGAAGGCCGGAGAGGACCCCUACAGGCAGCACGCCUUCAACCAGCUGGAGAGCGACAAGCUGAGCCCGGACCGGCCCAUCCGCGACACCCGCCAUUACAGUUGCCCAUCCGUGUCCUACUCCUUGGACCUGCCGGCCACCAGUGUCAUCAUCACCUUCCACAACGAGGCCCGCUCUACCCUCCUGCGCACGGUGAAGAGUGUCCUGAACCGAACUCCUGCCAACUUGAUCCAGGAGAUCAUUUUAGUGGAUGACUUCAGCUCAGAUCCUGAAGACUGUCUGCUCCUGACCAGGAUCCCCAAGGUCAAGUGCCUGCGCAACGACCGGCGGGAAGGGCUGAUCCGGUCCCGAGUUCGCGGGGCAGAUGUGGCCGCAGCUGCCAUCCUCACCUUCCUGGAUAGCCACUGUGAAGUGAACACCGAGUGGCUGCAGCCCAUGCUGCAGCGGGUGAAGGAGGACCACACCCGCGUGGUGAGCCCCAUCAUUGACGUCAUCAGCCUGGAUAACUUUGCCUACCUCGCAGCAUCUGCUGACCUUCGCGGAGGAUUCGACUGGAGCCUGCAUUUCAAGUGGGAGCAGAUCCCCCUUGAGCAGAAGAUGACGCGGACAGACCCCACCAGGCCCAUAAGGACACCUGUCAUUGCUGGAGGAAUCUUCGUGAUUGACAAGUCCUGGUUUAACCACUUGGGAAAGUAUGAUGCCCAGAUGGACAUCUGGGGUGGAGAGAAUUUUGAGCUCUCCUUCAGGGUGUGGAUGUGUGGUGGCAGUUUGGAGAUCGUCCCCUGCAGCCGGGUGGGCCACGUCUUCAGGAAGCGGCACCCCUACAACUUUCCCGAGGGCAACGCCCUCACCUACAUCAGGAAUACCAAGCGCACUGCAGAGGUGUGGAUGGACGAAUACAAGCAAUACUACUAUGAGGCCCGGCCCUCGGCCAUCGGGAAGGCCUUUGGCAGUGUGGCCACGAGGAUCGAGCAGAGGAAGAAGAUGAACUGCAAGUCCUUCCGCUGGUACCUGGAGAACGUCUACCCAGAGCUCAUGGUCCCUGUGAAGGAAGUGCUCCCUGGCAUCAUUAAGCAGGGGGCCAAUUGCUUAGAAUCCCAGGGCCAGAACACAGCUGGUGACUUCCUGCUUGGAAUGGGGAUCUGCAGAGGGUCUGCCAAGAACCCCCAGCCGGCCCAGGCAUGGCUCUUCAGUGACCAUCUCAUCCAGCAGCAGGGGAAGUGCCUGGCUGCCACCUCCACCUUAAUGUCUUCCCCUGGGUCCCCAGUCAUACUGCAGAUGUGCAACCCGAGAGAAGGCAAGCAGAAAUGGAGGAGAAAAGGAUCUUUCAUCCAGCAUUCAGUCAGCGGCCUCUGCCUGGAGACGAAGCCUGCCCAGCUGGUGACCAGCAAGUGUCAGGCUGACGCCCAGGCCCAGCAGUGGCAGCUGCUGCCGCACACAUGACGGAGGGGUUUCCUCGAAGGGUCAGCUACUGCACGAGGCUGGGAGGCUGGCUGGUGGCUCCUGUUUGUGUAGAGAACCCCCAGUUCCUUCUCAGAGCCACUGGGAACUACCACAUCUACCCCACGGCUACGUCUUGGAACCGCCUCUGCUGUUCCCAUGCCCCUCUCCCCCAUCCCGCUGGUUCAGGCAGUGUGAUUUUGGGCAAAUGACUGUUGGUACCAGGAUCCCUGGGGGUCUUCCCCUUGAAGCAAACCAGCCUGGGGUGGACACAUUUACCCUAGAAGCCCGUAGUCUUUCACAGACCAUUGAUCCACAUACCCAUAGGGAGCUUAGGGAUUCCAGAGGGUGUAGGAAUUUCCAGAAAUUGUCCCCCAAAUAUUGCAUGUGUGUGCAUAUAUGCACUUUCCUAGGGAGAGGGUUCAUGGGUUUCCCCAGCUUCUUAAAGAGGCCCCUGAUCCCCAAAGGGUCUGAACCUCUGCUCUGGAUUGGAGCCACUGUCCACCUGACCUGCCAUCCCUCAGUCUCCCUCCCUGGUGUGCCCAAACUGCCAUGGCCUGCUCCCUCAACGUGGCCUGUGGGUCAGGGGCCAAAUGUCUGUGGUCUGCAGAACCUGCUCUGGAGGGUUCUCCAGCAGUUUCCUCUCACCUCCUGACUCUCACCAGCGUCCUCUCAGCAGCGCUCCUGUGCCCAGGCGUGCGCCCCUCUGGACUCACUGGUGCAGGUGGGGCCCUUUGCCCCACGGCCACACUGCUCCAGUCCUCUGUUGUGAUGUUUCGUCCAUGCCAUCUGCGGGCCUCAGAUCCCCUUCACCUGGGAGGCCUGCUGCAGCUUAGGACAGAACUGGGCCAACGGUGAAGGCGUCUCCCCAGAAGAUGGACUGGAAGGCCUGGGCCAUGCUUGGGCAUGGACCUACCGGGAUGGGGAACGUGGCCUGCUCUUGUUGAAUGUAAGAAGACUGCUGCUCAGAGGGCCUUUGAGAGAGGGUCUCCCCGUCAUUUCCUGUGGUCACACUAUGCCAGGCCCUGCGCUGGUCAGCCGUCCUUUGUGGCAACUCAGCCCUAUUCUGUUUUUGCUUUUCUUCUUCUUGACCAAAGCAUGUGCCACUAGCUGUCCUUGAGGAUCCUGUCCUUAUGAAACACACACCUGGAAUAAAACCACUUCUUACAUGU